UCCUGCGCGACAAGCACAACACCAAGUCGUUUGCAACUGCCGCCGGCGUUUCCGGAAAAAUACGGAACCACGAAAGAAUUCUACCUUCUCCGUGCUCCGGCAAUCAAUUUAGCAGCUCACAAUCGACCCUAGAGAGGACAGAAAUCUGCGGCACGAGAUCCGGGUGUCCAGCACGAUCACAACCACGUAAACCUGAUAAGUGCAAAUUAGAGCCAUUAAAGAAAUAUUCCAGCCGCCACGAUGCCAAUGUUAAAUAUCGAUAGAAAUAUCCUCGAUAGUAAGAGGAAUUGUGUUGUGUUAAUCGAACCGAUCGCUAAUGCCGAAUCAAGUGUCGAGAACGUGCCUCGUAAAAGGAAAGCGCUACUACCCGUAGAUCUUUUGCGAAUGCAAGUGGUCAUCGAACCGCUGCCACUAUCCCCAGCGUUACUUGGCCGAUCCUCGCUGAAGAAGAUAAAGAAAGAACCGAUCGUCGAGAGUGUUGAUACCAAGCUGGAGCUGGAAGCUGCCAAGAAGCUGUCCAUGAUGAGUCUAUUUCAAGAGUAUGAAGGCAAAAACCCGACCUGGGACGAAUUCUUGGCGUUCUGCGGCAGCCAGAUGCGGCGUGAAACCUGUACCAGCGCGACACUCCUAACCAUCGAACAAGCGGACACGGAUUUGUGGCACGAGCUGCGCAAAGGACGCAUCACCGCAUCACGGAUGCACGAAGCCUCACGUUGCACGAUGAAGAACGGAUCGCUGACUAACAAAAUCAUGGGCCUUUCGUCGGGAUUUUCGUUGGCGAUGAAGCGCGGUACCGACCUGGAGGGACACGUUUUGGCUGAACUGCAAAAGGAGUUUCCCUCACUCCGACCGACCGGUCUCGUGCUGGAUCCGGCACAUCCGUGGAUGGGCGCAUCGCCGGACGGGAUCGCUGAUGAGUUUGUGCUAGAGAUCAAGUGUCCCUACACGCGGAAGACGUACGAUUGUUACGUGGAUGUGACCAAACUUUCGAAGAAAUAUUUUGCCCAAAUUCAGCUGCAAAUGCACAUGACCCAUCGAACGAAGGCUCUGCUCGGAGUAGCGGCGUUGGAUUUCGAAACAACUAAAAAUGUCACAAAACUGUGGAUUGAUUUUGAUAAGGAGUACGUAGCAAACAUGAUGGAAGAAUCGCUCAAGUUUUGGCGUGAAGCCGUGUUCAAAGCGAUGCAGAGAAAAUACCGUAGAAAGUAAGAUCAAUUAAAGCAAAAUAGUUAGACAGGAUGUUUGAUAAACUAAAGUGUGAGUGCCAGAUGCAUUGGCAAACUAUCUUUAUAAUAUUAAGACGAAGUGUGGGACGAAGACGUUUACCUUCCCCGUUAUUGGAUACGAACGUCGUCGUUGAAGGAAUCAACGAUUUUUUUCUCAUAUUCAUGGACCACCAAUUCAACAUUGGAUAAUUUUGUAGUUUUUAUCGAAUGACGAUUAGCGGAAUAUGACGUCAACCACAAACUAAGUAUUACCUCACCGGCACACGUUGUUGCCGAUAACACCAAAGCCAUCAUGGAUCAAGGAGAUUUAAAUGUACUACGAGGAUAGAUAUGGUACAAUAGAAUUUCAUUCUAGCAAAGAUCUGUUUAAAUAUAUCGGAAGGUACUGUUAUUUCUUUUAGUGCAUUUAUCUCAACGUUUCAACGCAGGUCUACGAUACCCUCCGUGCCGAAAUGUCCGUUGUAGAAGCACGAUACA